AUUAUGUAUAAAUGUAAAUUUUAAAGUGAAUAUUUAUAAUACCUUGAAAUGGGACUGGAAACUGGGGAAAAUUUUAACAUUGAUUUCAUAAAAAGGUUCAUUGGCUCAGGUAAUAAAGAAAACCCCCGAGAGAAUAAUAAAAAUAAUAAGGAAAAUGGCCUAAUAAGUGGAGCUAGUGAUUUAAAAUUUGAUGAUUUUAAUUUGGACUAUGAUUCUAGGGAUUUAUCAUCUUUAGAAUCAAAGGUGGAUGUGUACCUCUCAAGAAUAAAAGAGCUUGACACAUCCUUAAGUGAAGAUGUUAAUAAAUACGAAGUUUUAAAUGAAAAGGUGCGAGAAUUUGUGAGUAUAGAGAAGCUUCACAGAUGCGGAGCAGACAACCGUCAUAUCUACUUUGCUGGGAUCCCAUUAUCUCAUAGCUUGGAGGUUUUAAAGGGCCUUAGGAUUCAAAAGGAGCAGCAGGAAAGAAUAAAUCAGCUGGAGUCUAAAGUUAACGAGUUGAACCAGGAGAUAAAUGAGUUGAAUGAGGAGAAGCAAUUACAUUUCUACAAGUUUGAAAAAUCCAUACACAAGGCACUCAAUAUGGGCCUGGCAAUACAGAACAUGCUCCGUUUCUUUGAACGAUAUGACAAAGUCAGAAUGAAGAUGUUCAUUAUCAAACUAAGAGCCAAAAACUAUGAAUCAAUGAAAUUGAACUUGAAGAGGCUUGAGAAGUAUAAGUUAACAGCGUUUACAAAUGUGAUAAAUAAAAUACUGAAAGUUAAAUUAAAAUAUUACUUAAAUCUUUUAAAGGUGAAACAACCUUUUGAAAAAACAAAAAAUAACUUCACUCCAACAAGGCUUAGGCCAACUCCAAGUGUUAAAACGCCUAAAAUUGACCCUGAUGUAAACGUUGGUGAAGACGUUGAAAUAAAUUUAUUAAAUCGCCUUGAAAAAUUACUUGUAGAGGAAAUUAAUACCUUAAUGUGAUGACCAUUUUAAACUGAAUUUGGGUCUAAAUAUUUUAAUAAUU